AUGGAGCGACGCAUCAUCGUCCUCCUCUCCCUUCUCCUCACCCUACUCCUCUCGUGCCAUGCAUCCGCAGCCGGCGGCACCCAGGCGAGGCGGCGGCAUACGUCGCCGCUGGCGCGUCACCAGCGCGUGAUCACCGCGGAGGCAGCGGCGACCGCCGCGGCCACGGGCGUGCCGGCGAUGGUGAAGUACGAGACGCGGUACUACACGCAGCGGCUGGACCACUUCAAUGCGGCGCCGGCGAGCUACCGCACGUUCCAGCAGAGGUACCUGGUGAACGCCACUUACUGGGGCGGCAAGACGGCGCCGAUCUUCGUGUACGCCGGAAACGAGGGCAACGUCGAGCUCUUCACCAACAACACAGGGUUCAUGUGGGAGCUCGCGCCCAGCUUCCGGGCCAUGCUCGUCUUCAUCGAGCAUCGGUACUACGGGCACUCGGUGCCUUUCGGUAGCGAGGAGGCGGCCUUCAGGAACACGAGCACGGCGGGGUACCUGACGACGACGCAGGCCAUCGCCGACUACGCCACGCUCGUUCAGAGCCUCAAGUCCAACCUCAGCGCCCACGCGGCACCGGUCAUCGUCUUUGGCGGAUCCUACGGCGGCAUGCUGGCGGCGUGGAUGAGGAUGAAGUACCCGCACGUGGUCAUUGGCGCCAUUGCGUCGUCGGCGCCAAUUCUCAGCUUCUACGGCCUCGCCGAGCCCUACGCCUUCUACGACAUCAUCUCUAACGAUUUCAAGAGUGAGAGCCAAAAUUGCCACGACGUGCUGAUGAACUCUUGGAAAGAGCUGGACAAGGCGCUCUCCAAUGAGGCAGGUCGGGCGAAGCUCAACAGUACAUUCAAGAUGUGCCGAGCAAGCAGCGUGGACGCGAUACCAAACUUGCUCGACACUGCCAUCGUCUACUCCGCCAUGACGGACUACCCGACGGAGUCCGGCUUCCUCACUCCCCUUCCUCCUUAUCCCGUCAAAGCGAUUUGCCGGGCGAUCGACCACCCAUCGGCGGGCAAGGACACCUUCUCGAGGAUCAACGACGCCAUGAUGGUCUACUACAACUACACCGGCCAUGCAGACUGCCUUGGCGACGCCGAGGAGAACGACCCCUACGGCAUGUACGAUGGCUGGGACUGGCAGGCAUGCACGGAGAUGAUUCUCAUGAGCUACGGCAUCCGUAACGGCAGCGUCCUCCCGCCAGAGCCCUUCAACUUCACCGAGGUCCUUGACGGCUGCCGCGCCUCCACCGGACUGCCGCCACGCCCAUACUGGAUCACCACCGAGUUCGGCGGAUUCGAUAUUGCACAUGUUUUGAAGAGAACUGCUAGCAACAUUGUCUUCUUCAACGGGCUGCGGGAUCCGUGGAGCAGCGGCGGUGUACUGAAGAGCAUCUCCAAAAGCGUCAUUGCGCUGGUUGAGCCAAAAGGUUCACAUCAUGUAGACUUGAGAUUCUCCAGCAAGGAAGACCCCGAUUGGCUUAAGCAAGUGCGGGUAAAGGAGACGAGAAUCAUAGCCCAUUGGCUCAGACAAUACUACAAAGAUGAAGCCAUGGGCCAUAAGUAG